AUCACGGAGAUUCAGUUAGUCUUGAUUACCUCCUGACGGUUAUAUUCCAUAGAUUUUCUCAAGGCAACCAUGUUCUAUGUUCUGACACUCGAGACUGAUCACCACCCCCAAUUUCAAAAACCCUAAUUUAUCAAUGACCUAAAUUCAAUCCAAAUUCUCAUACCAUGGAGGACUCAGGCAAUCUCAGCACACCGAAGCGCAGAAAAAGAGUGGAAGAAGAGCAAGGUUACUGUUCAGGCCAGAACAACAACAAGAAAAGGAAGUCCCCUGGAAAAGUUACUCCACGAAAACGAAGUUCCAAGAAUAACACACCAAAGAAAAAUGUGUCCCCUAAUGGAAUUAAGGGAACUGUUUCACCUGACUCAGCUCAGAAGAUUGAUUUGCGUUUGGAGGCUAAAUUGGCAGCUGAGGAAAAUUCAAGAAUGUUUGCAGGACGGCCAACGCAUCCAUUUUUUUCAUUGUGGAAGCUGGGGAAGAAAUUUCAGGAAUCAGAUGAUUCAGAACGUAGUUCAUGCACAGCUAAGAGUGAGGAUGGAAGAAUUACCUGUGGUCCUAUUCAUGUAUUUCAAAAUACUCAGGCUGAUACUUCAUCCUUUGACUGGAGUGGCUGGACAUUUUUGGCGAAGACCACCAUUGCAGAUUGUGGUCCAGAAAAUUCAAAUUUAUCUGUUAUGGAGGGUUCUGUUGAAUUCUUAAAUUUUGAUAACUUCUUUAGUGCUUUAAAACACUCCAGUGCUUUAACUUCUCAGAAUACCUUGUCUUGUUCAGAUCAACUUUCUAUGCUGCCAGAUAAUAUGCUGGAAAUAUCACCAGAAAACUCAGCUGUGCUAGCUAAUGAGCAAACAACAUGCCCUCGGAAGCCAAAAUAUGCCAAAGUGGAUUUGGAGGUGAAUGAAGUCAGAACUUUUUCAGAGCAAGAAGGCAUUUUCAUAAAGUCGGAUACUGAGCCACUGAGUAGAUUUCUUCAAGAAAGAAUGAGGUCUUACUACCGUAGUUGUAAAGAGAAGGCUGAGGGCAGCUUAUGGACACACAAGUAUAAGCCAACAAAGGCCACUGAGGUGUGCGGUAAUGGUGAAUCUGUGAAUCUCUUUCGUGACUGGUUACAUCUCUGGCGUGAAAGGCGUCAUAAAAGCAGAGAGGAUUCCUCUAACAGGGAUCAAUGUGACAUACAAGACAAUGAUGAUGAUUAUAACUGUUCUGAUAAUGAUUAUGCUUCACAAGAUAUUAAUGAGGAGGAUUCUCUGCAGAAUGUUCUUUUAAUUACGGGACCAAUUGGGAGUGGCAAGUCUGCAGCUGUCUAUGCUUGUGCCCAAGAGCAAGGAUUUGAAGUUUUAGAGCUCAAUGCAUCAGACUGUCGGAAUGGGGUUGCUGUCAAACAGUAUUUUGGAGAUGCUCUUGGAUCACAUGGGUUCAAAAGGUUAGUGGAACCCACUGUGUGUUCACCCAAGGAAACUGUGAAAUUAUCCCCAGCUCCAACUUUGCCAAAUGGUAAAGCAGCAGAAGAGAUGGACGAUGGUGUGAUUGAUCUCAUAACCAUAUCUAAUGAUGGAGGUCAUAGUCCUGGUGGAACAUCUGAGAGGUUUCAUGGCCAAAAUAAUGCAUUUACAUUUGAUAAUGUACAAACUUUAAUUUUAGUUGAGGAUGUGGACAUUCUUUUUCCUGAAGAUCGUGGAUGUCUUGCUGCCAUACAACACAUUGCUGAGACAGCAAAAGGGCCAAUUAUAUUGACCAGCAAUAGUAAUAAUGCUGGCCUGCCAGACAAUUUUGUUAGACUACAUGUUUCUUUCUCAUUGCCAUUGCCAGAUGAGUUGCUUUGCCAUUUGUACAUGGUUUGUGUCACGGAAGAAAUCAAUAUCAGUCCUCUUUUACUCCGGAGGUUUAUGCAGUCUUGCAAUGGAGAUAUUCGUAAAACCAUUAUGCAUCUUCAGUACUGGUUCCAGAGUAAAAAAUAUAGAGACAAGGAAGUGAAGACAGUGUAUGGCUCGCUUCCAUUUGAUCUUGAGGCUGGUCAUCAGAUACUACCAAAGAUAAUACCCUGGAGUUUUCCCUCAGAGUUAUCCAAACUAAUUGAGAAGGAAGUUGCCAAGUCUGUAACCAUAAUGGAAGAAAACUCAUGCUUUCAGGGGUUAGUGAAGAAAGAGCUUCACAUAAAUGAAAGGCAAAAUGACUUAAAUGUGCAGUGUAUGGGGACUGAUUAUUUAGAGGCUAAGAAGGUAGAGAUGAUCAAGAGGAAUAGAUCUAUUACAGACUGCAGUCGGUUCGAAAAUCAAUAUAGUGCUCUUUCUGAGCUUUCUAAUUGUUCUGGAUCCCCAGUGCAGAAGGGCCAAAGGAAACGUGUAGCGAUGCCCUCUGAUUCUGAGGAUAAGGGUUCAAAUAAAGGACAUUCUCUAAACUUUCAAGAUGAAGCUUACAAGAGACAAUCCCUUGAAGGUAACAGUGAAUCUCCCUAUAAGUUUCAAUUGGAUCAAAGGUACACCGGUAAGUCAUUUUGCAAGCUGGUUAGUUCUGGUUUGGAGGAUUCGGGGGAGGAACAGUGUAAAUAUUUAGAGACAGCUUAUGAUGCACUCUUAAAUGAAACACACAAAUCAUUUGAUAUAUCAUGUUUGCCAGAAUCAAUAUUUGUUCCUGAGACUGCAAGUCAAAAUGGAAUAGAGACAAUGUCUAGAGCAGUGUCUUCUACCCAUCUUGCUGAUCCGGUAGAAGUUUCUCUGAAUAAUGAGCUGACACCAUUCACUUUCAGUGUUUGUCAGCGCUUAACCAAACUGCCACCAAAUUCGGAUUCAUUGGUGAAUACUGAAUCUUCUCCAAAAGCUGUUGUGCAUGAUUUUCGAGAUAAGAACAUGGAAACUGCAAUUUUCUAUAAUGGGACGGAUGAUGGCAGUCAUGCUGAUUUAAAACUGAAGUCGAGGUUUGUUGAGUCUAGUCCAUCUAUGGAGACAGAUAUGGUGCAAAGUUUAUGGAGGAAACUCCGUGGUUGUCAAAUGGAUUUAAGACAACAUUCAACCUCAGAACAGCUAGGUGCUAUUCAAGUUGUUAAACUUGCUAGUGGGCUGAGCAAUCUAAUUUCAGAAGCUGACUUGUUGUUUCGUAAUCACCAACAAAAACAAUGUGGUAUUAUGGAACAUCCAAUGUUCCUUUCUGAUGAAGCCACAUUUAGUUGGUAUGAUGAGCAAAUGAUGAUGUCUACUGUUGCUGUACAUGGUUUUUGUUUUUAUGCCAAACAUAUAUCAGAAGUGGGAUCAAAGUUGGGAUGUGAGAACAGGGUAGAUGUAACUUCAGAGAUGUUGGCUUCCACUACUAAUAUUAUGGCAUUGGGGAAGUUAUCUAGACAGGACCACACAAAAAGCAUGAGUAUAAAGCAAUUAGAGGUGAACAAUCCAGGAAUUGAUACGAAGAGCAUACAAUACAGUGAAAACAGAAAAUCUCUGUUCAACGUGGUCCAGUCCAUUGUUCCUGCAAGAUUAUCAUUGGCAUUGAAAGGUGUUGCAUUCAAUGAAUAUCUAUCUUCACUACGCCAAAUUUCAAUUUCAGAAGGUGUCCGCAUUUCAAAAGGUGUUGAAAAGAUGAGAAAAGGAAGGAGGCGUAGUUCUCAACAUUAUUUGAGUGGAGGUACAAUGUUGUCUCCUGAAGAUAUAUCAUUGGUGUGUGAAGGUGAUUUAUACAGAAAGAUUUCUUCACAAUAUACCGCUAACAUGGAAAGUAACUUUCAAGAUUAAAUAGCGUAGAUUUAAUCAUAGGCUGAGAUUGUAAAAUAAACUCGAGCAGCGAUAGGCUUCGAAUAAAGAGGUAAUAAUUGUAAAAUUUAUUCAUUUUAUGCAUCCUGUUAUUGUUAAAAUAAUCUUCUUUUCA